AUGAUUUCAAAGCUCGAUCCCGAACCUGUGCGUCCUUUGAACCGGGAAGCUCCACUGCACGAGCUGGUGUCGAGCUUCAUCACCCAGGCCCCGGAUGCCUAUAACCGCAACCACAGUGCCAUCCCGGAGAUCGACGCGGCCACCCAUGUUGUCUCUGUUGGUGGAGACGUCCCCAACCCGCUCCAGCUAUCCAUUGAGCAACUGCGCCAUGACUUCCCGCAACAUGAGGUAUUGGCAGCCCUGCAGUGUGCUGGGAACCGCCGCCAUACCAUGCGAACCAAACUCAAAGAGGUGGUGGGGCUGGAUUGGAUGGAUGGCGCCGUUAUGAAUUGCACCUGGCGGGGGCCUAGGUUACGCGAUAUUCUGAUUAAGGCUGGUGUGAAGUAUAAUAAUUAUAAUGAUGAUCACGAAACGAAUGCAAUGGCCAGUGGAGCCGUUAAUGGGACUUCUAAUGGCCACACUGCUGCAGGUGAGAAGGGGCCGCAGAUGCAUGUUGCCUUUACCUGCGACCAGCUGCGUUGCCAGGAUGACAGCAACUAUGGCGUCAGCAUUGAGUUGUGGAGGGCUAUGGCUGUUGACAGGGAGGUGAUUCUAGCCCUGGAGAUGAACAGCAAACCUCUCCAACCCGCCUACGGCUACCCCGUCCGCGUUGUUGUCCCCGGUGUCGCCGGUGCACGCUGGGUAAAAUGGCUCGACACCAUCUCUGUCGUCCCCGAUGAAUCACCCAACUUCUACCAGCAGCACGACUACAAGAUCUUGCCCCCCGAAGCCCUCACCUGGGAAAUCGCGGAGGAGUACUGGCCCAAGGUGCCCGCCAUGCAAUGCAUGCCCGUCAACUCCGUCGUCGCCGUGCCUGACGACGACUCGACGGUAUACCUCCCGCCGUCAGGGGAGCUGGAAAUUAAAGGCUUUGCGGUCCCCUUUGGCGCGGACGGGCUUGUGGCACACCUCGGCGGGGGAACCUCCGCAGCUGCGUCAUCGGUGGCAGCAGGGAUGGGAAUUGGAGGAGCCAGUACAGCGGGAAUGAGUGAUCAGGAGGCGGCGAUGGUGAAGACUAUCCAAGCAGCAAUGGAAUCGUGUCCCGUCAAAUCCGUCAUGGCGGGCGGAAUGGGCUUCGCGCUCGGAGGUGCUUUUGGUUUAUUCAUGAGCAGUAUGUCCUACGACACCCCCUUGACCCCCCAAGGCCGUGAGCUCUCAUCGCUCCCCGUCCGCGAACAGCUCCGCCGCGGCUUUAAAGACAUGGGCAGCCGCUCGUACAGCUCCGCGAAGAAUUUUGCCCUUGUUGGCGCCAUGUUUAGCGGGACGGAAUGCUGCAUUGAAGGGUUGCGUGCGAAGAAUGACCUGGCGAAUGGCAUCGCGGCCGGGUGUAUUACGGGGGGGGUAUUAGGGGCCAAAGCAGGCCCUCAGGCAGCGAUGUUGGGGUGUGCUGGGUUCGCGGCGUUCAGUGCGGCGAUUGAUGCGUGGAUGAGGCAGCCGUCGGAUUGA